UACACCCUGUACCUUGUUAUUACUUUCGUUUUUAUGUGUUAAACGUCUGCACCCAACCACGUCCCCAGGGUCUUGUAGCUCCUGAGCCAUUAUUACAGAGUGGCAAAAAAUUUUCGCCGCUAUAUACUUCAUCAACAAGGCAAAAUGUCCCGGAAACAAGGUUGGUGUGCACCUAAUUGUAAUUCUUUUAAGUGUGGUUUAAAGUUAAGCGAGACCACAAAAGUCUGAAGGAAAUGGUCUUACUUAGCAAUUUCAGGUUAAAAUCGAGUACGUAUCCAUUAAAAGCGAAAACAAUAGUUUUAUUUUGUGAAACCAAACUAGGCUAUGAUUGUCGGUUUAUUAAUUAUAGCACAUUGAGAUGAAAAUUACUGAGAGUGUUUAUAGGGCAACCCUGCUUAUGCAAAUACUUCUUUUGUUUUGCUGGAUAGACCCUUCUUCCACCGAUAGCCAUUAGAGGUCGCAAAUUAGAAAACAAUCUUUUUAUGCAUGGAUAGAAUUAAAAAAAACCCUUUUAAACAACAGAAGUUUUUUAAGUAGAGAUAUUUUCUAGGGCUUCGCUAUUAUUUUUUGUAAACUUUCCUGUAAUAAUUAAAUAUGCAGUGGAGACCUGAAAUACUUACUAGGAAGUUGAUAGAAACAUUGUCAUGAAAAAGGAGAACAACAGAAGGUUUCCUGCUCUAUCAACCGGACCAAAAAAGAAGAGCAAGAAGGUAUUUUGACAGUUUGGCAGCGGAUCUUAAUUACCGAGUUGUGCAAAAAUGAGAAAAAAAUCACGAAGUAGGAAAACAAGUCAGCAAGGGAAUUCAAGUUCCGAAGAAAAAGAAUUAUUGUUGAAAGAAGACAAGGAUGUCGAAGUCAAUAGCAAAAAAGUUGUUUUGAGACGAAUGGAGAGCAAAAUAUCAACUGCAGCACCACUCGCUAGUGAAACAGAAUUUGAAGAUGUGCCUGUAUUGACGAUAUGUCCCUUCUGUCAGCAGAAAGUCGUGACAAAAACCCACUUUGAUAAAAAGAAAACGAUCUGUUUUUGUUGCUGUGUUUGUCACCCAACACUAACUUACAUCUUCAAAGACGUCAUUCACUCGUGUCCGAAAUGUAACAACGAUGUAGCCCGAUAUAAUCGGUUUCUCUUUUGUUUUCGUCGAAAAAAAACUCCUAAAGCGGCUAAAAGUAAAGACAGUUCGAAUCCGUUAAAUCUAGCUGAAUUGCGCAGGGAAGAAUCAAAUUCUGCUUCGUCAAACGGUCACUCUGCAAGUCAAUACGUCACAACAGACUUCGACUGUCUCAAUUGUGACGUCAUACUGAAAAGUGGAGGAACCGAAAAAGAAGAAUCCGGAAGCAGUCAAAAGGAGCUAAAGCAAGUUAUGUCGCAUGAGAAUGCUGUAUCACAAAAUAAACGUACGGAGGAUGAGAAAACAGAAGUUAUGGCGUCACCCUUAAUGAACAUUGGCCAUGGUUUGACGCAACAUAAUGCAAAGAAGAAACAAAGAAAUAAAAAAAGUUUUAAAAAAUAAAUAAAGAGCGAUUAAAAACUCAUAUACAGUCAGGAGUGAAAUAUAUUACAGUUACCACAUAUCGAGCGGUAACUGUACUUAUUUUCUUCGUGUAAAACAUUGCAUAGCAAAUAAUAAAUUUCCAUGCGUUUAA